UGGGGCAGGCUUGUGUAUUUUUUCCUCGGCUUGUUUUCACUCGGAGUUGGCAAAACAAAUGUGUGCCGUGGAGUCACGAGUCGGUGGAUCACAGUUCAGGUGGACCUAGAUGAUGGACACGGAGAAGAGAGUCCCAAGGAGUACACGCGGACUACACGAUCAGAUUUCACCGCUGCAUUUCACGAAUCAGUAACAUCUAAACAUUUUCUCAGACUCGUAUGACAACAGCGGUCGGUCACUGGCCGCAGGACAGUGAGUGUCUGAUUGCCGAGCUUGAUUUGCUCCCUUGCUGCGAAGUUGCUGUCGCGCUUUUCCUGUUUAUAUGAGCUUUGAAUGCGUAACGAGCUUUACAUUGGCGAGACCACUUGUUGAAAUCUCACGAAACUAAGUUCAGUAUUGGGUGAAAUAAGAUUGAUUGAAUUUACCAUACAAGUGGGCCGUCUGAAGAGUCGAACGACUGUUGGUUGUCAUUUAAGUUACAGUUCGUUUGUGAUAUUUGGAUUGUGUCAUAUCGCUCAUUAGCUGGUUAACGUUAGCUGUCACGGCUGACUUUAUCCUGUACCUGACCGAGCAAUAUCAAUCAAUUACUCGCAUUUAGACAGUUAUAUCACUAACUGCCUAUCUUACUUCAUAAAUAAUGGUGGGCUCUUAAAUAUUUAUGCGGAAUAACAAAAAUAUACAUAAUUUAAAUUGUUCUCGUCAGAAUCUAAAGUAUUUAGUUCGCUAGCUAGGGUCGUUACUGAACUUGUUUCGUAAAUCCAAGUGAAAUACUUAAGCUUUUCUGUUUGGCGUUGCACAGUAUUACACAUUUUUUUCCUAUUUCCCCCACGAUACAAAGCAAGAGCUUGUUUAAGUUAGUGAUGCCAAACGAAACCGUCAUAAACGCUUGAAUAUUUAGCGAUGUCCAGUUUCCUGACAAACUUUUAGCAAAUUCGGCUCAUCGCCUUCAUACAAAUAUUGGCGUAUAAGGAAUUCCUAUAUAUCAUCGUUACUUUGCACUUAAGAUGAAUUAAGUUGUUAAUAAUAUGGUUUCAUCGCGUUUUCCAGCUCAUUAAUGGUGGCAAAGCUCUUGUCAUUAAAGCGACCUCGUCAAACCUCUCUAAAGCAUCUGGACUGCACCCUUACACGCAUUUCAGACAUGGAAGGACAACUUAAGCACAUUUGAUUUGUAUAUCGACAACAUUCAACCGUCUGUUCCCUGCGAAGUUGAUCUCGAAUCUCUGCGGCCCAACCAUGUCUGGAUCCCCGGGCUCGAGUGGCUCCAACCCACGGAAGUUCAGCGAGAAGAUCGCGCUGCAUAACCAGAAACAGGCGGAGGAGACGCGGGCCUUCGAGCAGCUCAUGACAGACCUCACCGUCUCAAGGGUGCAGUUCCAGAAGAUCCAGCAGCUCCGUCUGUCACAGAACCGGGCACAGUACUACGGUGGCUCGCUGCCCAACGUCAACCAAAUAGGCAAUGCCAGCACUGAUUUCCAGGGGACUUUUCCCACCGGACUGGACUCUGUGCGAGGGACCAGACACCAUGGUCUGGUGGAAAGGGUACAUCGAGACCGCAAUCGGAUCAACUCACCACACCGCAGGCCCAUUGACAAGCACGGGCGGCAGGCUGAGAGCUCUCCAUAUGGAACAAUGUACCUUUCUCCUCCCCCUGACAACAGCUGGAGAAGGGAGCAACCGCCAUGGACCGAAGAGAAACGACCUGGAUUUAGAUUAUUAUCACAGCUUAACAGAACAAACUCUGACUCAGCUCUGCACACCAGCGCCAUGAGCCCAAACCCACAGGAUCCUUUUGGCAAGAACCAGCAGAUGGGCAGAGGACCUCCUCAGCGAAACGCAAGCAUGAAUGAAGCAGAGGUGGACAGUACUGGAGAUGUGUUCUCAUUUCCUGCUGUCCCUAAUGAGGAGAAUCUGCUUGGAGUGAAUAAGCCACUGCCCAAACAGUUAUGGGAGGCCAAAAAGGUGCAGUCUCUGUCCUCCCGGCCAAAGUCCUGUGAAGUGCCUGGAAUCAAUAUAUUCCCAUCUCCAGAGCAGAACGCGGGUUUGUCUCACUACCAGGGCACGCUAAACACUGGCGGGUCUCUUCCUGACCUCAGUAACCUGCACUUCCCCUCUCCGCUGCCCACUCCGCUGGACCCUGACGAGGCUGGAUAUCCCAACCUGAGCGGAGGCAGCAGCACCGGCAACCUUCCCGCAGCCAUGAUGCAUCUGGGCAUUGGAAACUCACAAGGGCUGUCAUCCUCUAUAAGCAACCCUUCCAUCCAGGCAUCCCUCACCAACUCUCAGCUGCACUCAUCUCUCAGCAAUCCAUCAAUCCACACGUCUCUGCGUCUCUCCUCGCUGUCCAACCCUCCUCCGACAGGCAUGGCGAGUUCACCCAGGAGACGGCCGGCCCCCAUUAGUCCCCUGACACUCUCUCCAGGGGGCGAUCAGAGGCGAAGCCUGGGCAAGCAGCUCUCCCCGACAAUGUCGCCCUCUCUGUCCCCGAUCACACAGGGGGUUGCAUUGGACACCAGCAACUUGCCGAUGGAGCCGCCCCCUCCCUACCCCCUUUACCAGCAAGCCCAGCAGCCCCUGCAGCAGCAGCCUCCUCCUCAGUCCCAUCCGUCUAUGCAGCAGAGCUCCCAGCAUCCAGGGGUGCAGCAACGAGCAACAGGUGGCCAACAGCAGCAACAACAGCACCAGCCUGUGUCCCCGCUGCAGAACGUCCCACUCGACUUUAAUUCCAGCGCUCACAGCAGCAUGGGAGCAUUUUUCAACGAUCCCUUUAUGGAGCAGCAGUUUUCUGGACGUCAGUCCAAGUGUUCGUCCUAUCAGCAGGAUCAGUAUAAUAUGUUGGAGAAUGUCAUGAGCUCUAUGGCAGGAGGAUUUGACCCUUCCUCCAACCUCUACUGCUCCCAGACUGCCCUCAUGGGCUUAGGUGGCAGUCAUGGCAACCUGCAAGACCACCUUCAGAUGAGACCCAACAUGCUCUACUCUAAUUGUGGAGGAGGAGUGCCCAACAUCAUCCUUACAGAUGACUCCAAUUCCAGCCUGUCUAAGGACAUCAGCAGUGUGUUGUCCACUGUGCCAGAGUGUUUGGACUCAGAAGGAGUUUUUCCACUGGAGGAUGAACUACGUAUCGAGCCGCUCAGUUUGGAUGGACUGAGCAUGCUCAGUGACCCCGAUAUGGUCCUCCCUGACCCCUCAGUAGAGGACAGCUUUCGCAGCGACAGACUUUAAAGAGCCACAUCAUGCAUGUAUACAUACAUACAUACAAGUCCAUGAACAUGAUGACUAAAGCACAGAACCUAUAGCACUCAGACUUCUAUAAACAUAAAAAGAUCUUUACAUUUUCCUAAAUGCAAAGCGCAUGCAUAAACACUACAUGUUGACAUAAAGUGAAUCAUCACGCUCGCAUGAGUCACCCAGACGCCGUCUCUCAGUGGCCGCCAUUGCUCAGCAUGCUCCAUCUGCCUCCCAAGACAUCGUUCAUCACUCAGCAGAUGUGUGAAGCCAAUCUUGACGCUUUACACGUGCUUUGAUUUGUAAAGACAAUGAAACAAACAAACAUGAACCUGCCGUGUAUCUACUCCUUGUGCCGAGUGACAAUCAGAACACAGAAGCCAUAGCAAUGCCAAACCGAUGACUGGAUCGGGCUGUUGCAUUGCUGGUCUAUUUCAAAGCCAUGCAACCAAAACAAAAUGAAUGUGCUUGUUUUACAUAUUGCUUUUGGAUGUUAUUAGAAGGUCACAGCAGCUUUCAGUGACAUUUCGAUAGCAGCGAAAGGAUGGGACGGUCCUGAAUGCAGAGACGGUGAGAAGAUGACAAUAUGACGUGUUAUGGAACAGAAGGAGUCGACAGCCGGCCUAAUACCAGCCCAUAUUGAUGCACCAAAUGCUGUGAUACGAGACACCAGCAGGAUGGGUUGAGCUUUCCCCCUCGCCACGCAACCCAAACUCUUUUUCAGUACCAAGACAGAACAUGUUCGGUGUCCUGAACCGUCUGGUUCGGGCUACUGAGUAGCAGACACAUUUAAAUUAACCAGCAGUCUCUGGUGUCACUGCCUGAAGCUUGGAGCAUGCGCUAAGCUAACCGCAUAAUAAUGCUGUGGUUUUCUGACCAAUCAGCGAUCACUUUGCUGGCACGUAAGUGAGCCAAAGCCACUCGUACACGCUCAGUCCAUCCUUCAGAAUGUGGCCAGUCCCCCCUUAUUCAAAUGACAGAAUUCAAUGAAUUACACCUCUCCUCCUGCGCAGUCACGUACUAUAAAGAGAGGAGUGUAGAUGAUGUGUAUAGAGCAUUAUUUUGCAUAUUUUUUGUAUAAAAAGAUAAAAGAGAGCUUUGCCACAUAUAUAUGCCUCACAAUUUUCUGACUAGAAUGUAUUUUUGAAACAGAAAAAGGGCAAACUGUUUACAAAGAUAAAGUUUAAGAACUACGAAUUGUGAGUAGGCGCUGAAAUUUUUAUGAUUUUUGGUAUAAAUCUAAAAGAAAAACCUUUGUAUCUCGCUGAUAUUGAUCCAGUCCAUAGUUAGCGAAUAGAAGCUUUGGCUAUGCAGAUCUUUAGCACAGGACUGUCUCAGAUGGCUGGAAUUAUCUAGAUCAUAAAAAGGAACUAUUUUACUUGUAUAUUUACUAUAUCUUUGUGGUUAUUUCAGAUUUUAUACAGACUUGUAAUGCGGCUUCUGAUAUGUCAGUUGUAUUUGUACUUGUAAAUCUGUUCAUGUUCUCUCCCUUUGAACUUUUGUUGUGGACGUCUUCUUUCGUGAACGUUUGUUGUGAUGGUAUUUCUCACCGUUGUUCAGCAUGGGCCCUCUCUCUGCAGCUCUGAUCCUUGUGAGAGGUUUUUACGGAAAAAAAAAAACUUUGGGAUUUUAAAACGUCUUUAAGAGGUGUGAUCUGUGGACGUGGAACACAUGUAUCACUGUUAUUGCUAAUGUUGAAGUUUGCACUGAUCUGAACAAAAUUUAUCUUUUGGUUUUAAGCAGUAGUUUUUAUUUUGGUUUAUUUUGAUGACGCAAAUACGUUGUCUUUUCAGCAUGUUAUGCAUGUGAGGACUUUGAAAUGAAUGCAGUAUAUUUUGUGAAUUACUAGAUUCAAAUGACCAAAUAUUUUGAGAUGAAGAAAGAUAUCUAAAUAUAGCUCAGGAAUACAUAUCGUGAGUGGUUUUAUGCCCAUCUCUUGCCUCUUGACUGCCAGAUCCGGGCAAAAUUAUGCCAGAUUCCCAGAGAAACUGUUAUAACCGAGAUCCAGAAAUCCAAAAUGCUCUCUUCUCUGUGUUGUUAUCUGUGUAGCUUUCUAUUCCACUUCCGGAGGUUGGUAAUAGAAAGCAAUAACAAUGUUAUCUGUGUGCCAUGUCCACAAUUUUGUUUUGUUUUGUUUUUGCCAUGUAUUUUUGCAUUCAUCCAGGUCAUUUUAGAGUUUUGAGUUCAAAACCAUCUUGUUGGUCAAAUCAAUCAAGUCGCUUUUACUAAAAUUCUUCCUCUUUUUGUUGUGCAUUGCUCAUUGUGGUCCAAGUAGGCGAGAACAGAGGAUGAUUGACACAAGCAGAGAUGUAAGGUGUGGUGACAUUAGCGACAUUUCAUGAGUAAAAAGGUCUAUUAUCAAUGCUGUAGUGAUGUAUGAAGCACAAAAGUCACUUUUCAAAAGCACAGUGCGGCGAAUCUGUGUGACCAACUGCGAAAUCUACUUUUGCUGAAAAUUCCCAAUUGCAUAGAUUCCUAUUGAAAUGACUGGAUUUAGCCCAUGAAAAUUAACCAAACAAUGUAAAUGUGACUGCACCUUUAUAAACUUCUAUAUUUAAGCUUUGAUAAAUCUGGUCCCCCAUGUACAAAAGGCAAAACAAGAUUGGGCUUUCACCCCUGCAGCUGCAGUUUCUUUGUUUUGUAACAUUGUUGUUCUUUAGGUGUGUUAGCAUCUGUUAUAAAAGAACAUGAUGUUUAAGAGUGAAGCAGGCAGAAGUGUUGAGCUUGUUGAGCAUGUUUGGCUGCAUCCUGUUUCUGCUAAAAAAAAGUCUCUCUUUAACAUGAUUAACAUUUUUUAAUCGUCUCUCAUUCUGUCAUCUUCUCAGUUAACUCUGAAGUUUUUCAUGAAUAUUAACAGUGGCAUCACAUUUUAAAAGAUGAAACAGUCUUCAGUGGUUUCGUUGGGUCUGAUGGUUGGUUUCUGCCUCAGACAACAUGAUAGUCUGUUCCCAUCACUCAUUCUCUCUCUCUCUCUAGGAGUUUUUAAUCUUCUCCUGCCUUAUUCUUGCUCUUGACCACUUGCUGUCCCUCUUGAGUGUACUGUGAUACUUUCAUUUUUUUUAUUUUCCAUUUCCAGGCCCUGUGCUCAAAUGACAAAAAAGGUGUUUAUUGGCUUUUUUAAUAUAGUCUUCAUAAUAAGAUAUUAGUUAUGUUUCUUCUGUUUAUAGAAGGGAUUCUUUUUGUUGUCUUUUUUGUCACCUUUUAAAAAAAAUGUAGUUAUAUUAUUUAAAAAAUAUUUUC